UCUUAAUUUCUUUUCCUCUGCAGACAUUUUGGCUCUGUAGUCGCCAAAAGAUAAUCUCAUAACUUGUCUUUUCUUAACCAUUGGUGCAGCAUUGCUCAUCAAAGUGUUUAAAGCCUUGGUAUGAUCCUGAACUAAAAUUUGUAAACCUUAAACGAUGCUGCAAUAUUUUUAAAAAACAUACCUUGUUUAUCUUUUAAUUUGCCGGAUUUUAAAGCCGUCUGCAGUUGCUGUAUGCACCAACAUAAUUCCAGUUCGAAUUGCUGUUCUAACUCGGGAGAAAUUCCAUUACUGGUGGAUGGUUCAGAAUUUAAAAUCACUUUUGGGGGUAGCGUGCAAGGUUUUCCUGUGGUUUUGUGUAAUCUUGCUUUGGGAGGCAUAUUUAUUUCUUAUAAAUUCAAUAUAGGUAUUUGUGUUUUUUUUUAAUAAGAAAUAAAUUGUUCCAAAUAAACACUUCUUAAUAAAUUGGAGGUUAUAUUUCUAUGUUGCCAAAUAUUCCUUAUUUGAUAAACACGAAAUAAUAAUAAUAAAUAUAUAGUGGUGUAUUAAAGACAGUUUAAUAUUUGAUACAGUUUUAUUAAAUUAUCGCAUUUUGCGGUUUUUAACUAUUUAAAUAGUUAAUAACCGCAAAAACAAUUGUUACGAUGAAAAACCGACAACACUGUAAAUAAGCGCCCCCUGGCCAAUCAAAAGACAAAGAGCAAUAUACAAAACUCGGGUUGGUGGGAAAGAGAUAGCCGAAAAGUUUGGUGAGUUUUCAAACAAAAGAGUGGCUUCAUCGUGCAACGCACACUUCAGAAUCGCAUUUCCUUUGUAAACAAGUGGUUUGACAGUUGAGUUUAAAACAAAGCACGUUUAAUUUUCGAAAAACGAUGAAUUCGGGUGUGGAUGAAAUCGGUAACAACGGCCAAAGCAACGACACAGUGGACGUAAAUCCCAUAAACGGUGCCAACGGUGAAAACAACGACGAAGGAGAUGCCUUGGGCAGUGGAGGUAAUUCAAAUGGAGAGAAUUAUGCACGAAUGCCAGUGGCUAAAUACGCAUCUCAUUAUAAAAUGGACUUUCCUGAGAAAAGUAUUGCCUACAUUUUUAACCACGAGACCUUUCAAGUCCAUGAUUUAAGGAAAAGGGCUGGUACCAAUAGGGACUCCGAAAAUUUAAGGAAAGUUCUGAUAAAUCUUAAUUUUGAUGUGCAUGAAUUCAAGGAUUUAAGACAUGAUGAACUUAUGCAAAAUUUGGAUCACUUGGCUAAAAUGGACCAUUCAAAAAAAAGCUGUAUAAUUGUGUCUGUUCUGUCACAUGGAGAAAUGGGAAUUAUUUAUGCCAAAGACACCUGUUACAAGCCAGAUGACCUCUGGAAAAAUUUUACUGGAGACAGGUGUCCCAGUUUGGCUGGUAAACCCAAAAUGUUUUUUAUACAAGCCUGCCAAGGAGAUAAACUGGAUAAAGGUGUCAAUAUGAUAAGAACGGAGACUGAUGGUGAAUCUCAUCAUUCAUACAAAAUACCAGUGCAAGCUGAUUUUCUAAUGAUGUAUUCUACUUAUAAAGGUUACUAUUCUUGGAGGAACACUACAAAUGGUUCAUGGUUCAUCCAGGCUCUUUGUGAAGAACUAAGGGCUAGGAGUGCAAAUGAUGAUCUGCUAACAAUUCUAACCUACGUUACACAAAGAGUGGCUUUAGAUUAUGAAAGCAACACCCCAGACAAUUCCACCAUGCACCGUCAGAAACAGAUACCCUGCAUAAUGAGCAUGCUGACCCGUCUGGUCAGGUUCAAUCCAGGAUCGGACUCUGAGGGUAACAUUUUAACAACAGAAGUAGAGAACAAAAAUAAAAACAAAUUUACCGCAAUUUUUAAUAGCCUAGGCAAUAUAAGCAAAACCUAAAUAAAAUAUUUAUGAAAUAUAAUUGUUAAAUCAAACCAUUUUCUUACCUAUAGUUAUAAGUAUAUUUUUUAUACAUAAAUUUUAUGGUAUUUUAUAUUGUGCCAUUUUUUGUUUAUUCUUAAUUAAUUUUGUAGUUUGUAAGUAUUUUUUUGUAUUAGCAAUAUUUAUUGUUAUAUUUUGCUCACUGUAUUUAAGGUACUAUUCUUAA